CAGCGCUGUGUGCGCCUGCUCGCUGCGCAUGCGCAGAUCGCGUUGGCCGUGCCGGCGCUGUGUGCUGCGGGAGCGGCCCCGGCCCGGCGGGUCGGACCGGAGGCCCCAUCGUUUCCCGUCCGUCCAUGAUGCCCCAGCCCCGGGCCCGGCCGUUCCCCCGUCCGUGCAGCUGAUGGUGUCGGGGUGAUGCGGGAUGGCGGACGGCGUCAGGACCUUCCUGCAGGACCUGGUCAGGGGAAUCAAGGAUUCCAUCUGGGGCAUCUGCACCAUCUCCAAGCUGGACGCCCGGAUCCAGCAGAAAAGGGAAGAGCAGAAGCGGAGGAGAGCAAACAGUGCACAUGCCCAGCGGAGGUUUCAUAUGGAAGAGAGGAAGCAAGAGAAUGAACCCCGGAUAGUGAGCCGGAUAUUUCAGUGUUGUGCCUGGAAUGGAGGCGUAUUCUGGCUUAGUCUCUUCUUGUUCUACCGAGUAUUUAUACCUGCACUUCAGUCAGUCACAGCUCAGAUCAUCGGUGACCCUUCCUUACAUGGCGAUGUCUGGUCUUGGCUGGAGUUUAUUCUCACCUCCAUUUUCAGUGCCCUCUGGGUCCUUCCCCUGUUUGUGCUCAGUAAAGUUGUCAAUGCCAUCUGGUUUCAGGACAUUGCAGAUCUCGCAUUUGAAGUUUCUGGCAGAAAGCCGCACCCCUUCCCCAGCGUCAGUAAAAUCAUUGCUGACAUGUUGUUCAACCUCCUGCUGCAGGCACUGUUCCUCAUCCAGGGGAUGAUAGUGAGUCUGUUCCCCAUCGAUAUCAUUGGCCAGCUGAUCAGCCUCCUGCACAUGUCACUGCUCUAUUCUCUCUACUGUUUUGAGUACCGCUGGUUUAACAAAGGAAUUGAAAUGCACCAACGGUUGUCCAACAUUGAGAGAAACUGGCCCUAUUACUUUGGAUUUGGCUUACCACUGGCUUUCCUCACCGCAAUGCAGUCCUCCUACAUCAUCAGUGGCUGCCUCUUCUCCAUCCUUUUCCCUCUGUUCAUCAUCAGCGCCAACGAAGCGAAGACACCUGGCAAAACAUACCACUUCCAGCUCCGUCUCUUCUCCCUGGUGGUUUUCCUCAGCAACAGACUCUUCCACAAGACCGUUUACCUUCAGUCCACUCUGAGCAGCUCCUCCGCAGACCGGCUGCUCUCUCCGCAGCCAUCUCCUGCCAAACACAAGGCUGCUCCGGGGCACUGAGCCGCAGCCCAGAGGGGGACGAGCUGCAGCCUCAGGGCUGGAAACAUCCUGGGGAAACACAGCACCCAGCGUGUGAGGCUCAGUGUGUCCCAGCACCCAAAGCCCCCCCGGGUGUUUCACGUCCCCGCUGUGAGUUUGGGCAAAGCCUGGAUUUUUAACACCUUUGUGAGAUACAAAAGCCAGGUUCCCUGUGCUUGUUUUAUAGCGUGUCCCAGCCCUUCCCUCGCAGUUUUGUACUCCCUUCCUGUGCCAUCUCCCCAGCUGUGGGUUCCCGUGUCCCCUUUAUAUCCAUCCCAUGGUGGAUCUCAGGUCGGGUUUAUAGUCCUGCUGUCCAGCCCCAGCUCUGCUCCUAUUGCAGCCCCAUGAUGAGCGGCACCUGCAGGGCACCGCGCUGCACGGGGAGCCGGCUCCACAGCGCGGUACCGGCUGGUACCGGGUGGUCCCGGGUUGGGUCCCAUGUUCGGUACCGGCUCUCUUUGGUUUAUCUGCCCAUUGAGGUUCAGCUGAGCGCUGCGGUACCGGCGCUGUCCCGUCCCUGCAGUUCCCGCUGUGUCCACACGGUGGCGCUGUGUAUCGGUGGCGCUGCUCGCCCUGCAGUUCCUCCCCUGUCCGCACGGUGGCGCUGUUUGUGGCGCUGUUGUUGGUGGCGCUGUCGGUUCCGCUCGGUCCCGGUUGGUUCCGGUUGGUUCCGGUCGGUCCCGGUGUCACCGAACCGCCCCAUUUCUGGACUGUUUUCACACUGAGAUGUUAAAUGGAACAAAAACAACCGA